UGCCUCCCACAGGUGACCACCAUGAUCCCCUGGGUGCUCUUGGCCUGUGCCCUCCCCUGUGCAGCUGACCCACUGCUUGCUGCCUUCGCACGCAGGGACUUCCAGAAGGGCUCCCCUCAACUCGUCUGCAGCCUGCCUGGCCCCCAGGGCCCACCUGGCCCCCCAGGAGCCCCAGGGCCUUCAGGAAUGGUGGGAAGAAUGGGUUUUCCUGGCAAAGACGGUCAGGACGGCCAGGACGGGGACCGGGGGGACAGCGGAGAGGAAGGUCCACCUGGCCGGACAGGUAACCGGGGCAAGCAAGGGCCAAAGGGCAAAGCCGGGGCCAUUGGACGGGCUGGCCCUCGUGGCCCCAAGGGGGUCAGCGGUACCCCUGGAAAGCACGGCACUCCAGGCAAGAAGGGGCCCAAGGGCAAGAAGGGCGAGCCGGGACUCCCAGGCCCCUGCAGCUGCGGCAGUGGCCGUGCCAAGUCGGCCUUCUCAGUGGCAGUGACCAAGAGCUACCCGCGGGAGCGACUGCCCAUCAAAUUUGACAAGAUUCUGAUGAACGAGGGCGGCCACUACAACGCAUCCAGCGGCAAGUUCGUCUGCGGUGUGCCAGGGAUCUACUACUUCACCUACGACAUCACGCUGGCCAACAAGCACCUGGCCAUCGGCCUGGUGCACAACGGCCAGUACCGAAUCCGGACCUUCGAUGCCAACACCGGCAACCACGAUGUGGCCUCGGGCUCCACCAUCCUGGCUCUCAAGCAGGGUGACGAGGUCUGGCUGCAGAUUUUCUACUCGGAGCAGAACGGGCUGUUCUAUGACCCCUACUGGACCGACAGCCUCUUCACGGGCUUUCUCAUCUAUGCCGACAGGGAAGACCCCAACGAGGUGUAGACAGGGACCUCCGGGCAGGGACCGAGCUUCUGGAUUUCUGCCUACAGAGCAAGACCCCUCAACUGUAGGCUGGGUGCUGGGAAUCUCAGGAGCUUCUAGCCUCAGGCUGACCUCCUCUGCUUUUUUUUUUUUUUUUUUAAUCAUUAAAUCUAAGCUUUUUUAU